AUGUUGAUGGGCAAGCUUUCGACUGCGGCGGCUUUGCUGCUGGCGUCAAUGCCCUUUUGCUCUGCAUCGUUCAUUCUUAACAACGACAAAUUCAAGAAUGUCAAGCGCCAGGUCUAUUUCCCCAAGGAUGCUACCAAUGUCAAGACGAUGACGACACCCAACAAUUUCACCAUUCGCUACAAGAUGCCUGGUCAGGAGGGAGUCUGUGAAACAACUCCCGGAGUUAACUCUUACUCUGGCUACAUCGAUGUCGCCCCCAAUGUCCACAUGUUCUUCUGGUUCUUCGAGAGCAGACGCAACCCAGCAGAGGAUGAUUUGACAUUGUGGCUCAACGGUGGCCCUGGCUCCGACUCAUUGAUCGGUCUGUUCGAAGAGCUUGGUCCAUGCCGUAUCACGGAAGACCUGGAGACAGUGCUCAACCCAUAUUCCUGGAACAACGUCAGUAACAUGCUAUUCCUGAGCCAGCCUGUUGGCGUCUCCUUCUCCUACCAACAAGAGGCCAAUGCAACCUACGGCAACUACUCCGGCACCUAUCUCAACAGCUCCUACGCGAAACCCACUGGUACAUAUCCCGUGCUUGACCCGGUAAAUGUUGGCGAGAUUGAUACCACGGACCUCGCAGCUAUCGGAGCCUGGCAUACGCUUCAGGCCUUUUUGGACGGUCUUCCAAGCUUGGAGGGAAACAGAGCUACCAAGCCAAAGAACUUCAAUUUGUGGACAGAGAGCUAUGGUGGACACUAUGGUCCGGCUUUCUUCAACUACUUCCAGGAGCAAAACAAGAAGAUCGAAAACGGAACUACAAAGGGCUACCCGCUCAACUUCAACACCCUAGGAAUAAUCAACGGCAUCAUCUCAGAGACCAUCCAGGCUGAGCACUACUACGAAUUUGCCGUCAACAAUACAUAUGGCAUCAAGGCAUACAACGACACAGUAUACAACUAUGCAAAGUUUGCGAACACCAUGGUCAACGGCUGUCUUCAACAAGUUCAGAGUUGCAUUGCCGCUGCCGCGGACGUGCAAGAUGGAUACACAGGCAAAGUCUCGUUCAACGCCAGCUCUAGCCCUAGCAUUGCAGCAGUCUGCUCCGAGGCACAGGCAAUGUGCCGUGACAACGUCGAGGGCGUCUACUACGCAUACGGAGGCCGUGGUACCUACGACAUUCGCCACCCCAAUGACGACCCAACUCCGYCUUCGUUCUAUACUGAUUAUCUCAAUCAAGCGAAGAUCCAGAACGCCCUUGGCGUCAGCCUCAACUACACAAGCUCAAACACCGACAUCUACUUCCAAUUUCAGAGCACCGGCGACUUCGUCUAUCCGAAUUUCCUGGCCGAUUUGGAGUCGAUCGUGGCUUCUGGAGUCCGCGUGGGCCUCUUCUACGGCGACRCAGACUACAUCUGCAACUGGUUCGGAGGGCAAGCAGUCUCACUCGCACUCAACUACACACACAGCAAGGAAUUCGCAGCAGCCGGAUACGAACCUUUUAUGUUGAAUGACCAGCAAUACGGUGAGACAAGAGAGUACGGCAACUUCUCAUUCACAAGAAUCUACGAAGCCGGCCACGAGGUUCCAUACUACCAGCCUGCGGCGUCUCUGGCAAUGUUUGAGCGCAUGUUGAGUGGAGUGGAUAUUCCGGAGGGCAAGGAGAAGGUCACUGCAGACUUGGCAAGCUCAGGUUCGGCGAACAGUACCCACACUGUUUCGUUCAUGCCGCUUCCAAGCACUGAGAGCGCCGCAUAUGCGUCGUACAGCUCAAGUCUGAUUGCGUAUUACAACUCGCUUGAUACGCUGCCAAUGACUACAGCUGCUGCAUCUUCCGCAGCCGCAUGA